AUGGGUGAAUUUUCUGAAAGCAUUUAUCAGCUGCAGAGCCAUGAACCAUUGGUCAUUGUGGCUUAUGCCAUUGCUCUUCAAUAUGCGAUCAUUGGAAACUUGGAGGCUGAAAAGGACUUUCUCACUCUCUUGAUCCAGCACCAGGCUGAUGAAAACAAAGAGGAAGAACAGAAAGAAGACCAAGACAUGGACAGUGGUAGAUCUAAGGGAGGGAGUGCCACCAUUACUACCCCAUGA